AAUGCAUUUGGCUGCCAAACAAUUUCAUAGAACUAUCGACGUCUCAUAUCUACAAACGAUCUUAAUUAUGGGGAUAGUGUCUGCAUAUAUUAUUAGCCUACAUAAAUAUUUAGAUUUGUGUGAAUGCAAUAUAUGACUGGGACAUUUAUAAGUAUACUCACGAACUAAAUACACCUCCAUGGUAUACUAGUUCGUGUACAGUUUCACAAGAGUUAUCGCCUAACAAGCGUACUCUUAUAUGUGGAAACACAGAGUGUCGAGAAGUGUAAACAUGGCAGACGAAUUAUCUUUAGUGCUUUGGAGUAUAGAAGAAUAUUUUAACUAUUUUGUUAUUGUACUGAUUCUGAUGAGUUCUAUGCUUUUGGCUUUAUUCAUAAUCAGGCUCAGUGGUGGUUAUGUCCAUCAUGCAAACUCAGAGCUAGAGACAUCAUCUUUAGCAUAUGAAAAGCAUAUAAAAGAAGUGUGCAAUCCUUUCUACUUGACUUUUUCAGGAUCAGCUUCAUCAAAUUUGACAGAUGGAGUCUCACUUGAGAUCUCAUGCCUUCUACUGAGCAAGCUUCAUGUUUUCUGGGGACCUGGUGUUGAUGCCAUACAGAAAGUUCUUCUCAAGGAUGGUCUUGUCCUUCUUGAAGAGCUAAACAGCAAUUAUCUGUUGCGUGACCAGUGUUUAGCUCAUGAACAGUACAGGUUGGACACUGCAGGCAGGCUCAAGUUACACCUGCCAACACCACUGUGUGUCACAGAGGAAGCACUGGGUUACCCUCCCCGAAAAUACUAUCCAUGUGUAAUCAUCAUGACAGCUGAUGUCUCUAAUGAAGUCCAGGAUGCGGAAUCUGUUGUUGCUGCUGUGACUAUUAUCCAUCUGAAAGAUAAACAGUGCCCUUUGAACUCGUAUAUUAUAGCACAGUAUGCCAAGAUGUCUGGCCCAUCAGUCUAUAAUUUACAGCCACUGUAUUUUGCAUCUGUUCCUGAAGAUUCUAAUGAUAUGGAGAAUAAGAAUGAGACAGAGAUACCCAUCCAGCAAAAUGAAACUGCCAGUUCAUCUUCAGCUGAUGGUUGUUUGUUGCCUGCCACUGACGAUGCACAAGCUAAGAGCACUCACAAAGCAAGUAUCUCCAGCCCUGCCUACAGCUGCCAGGGACUUGAAGCUCAUCAAAGAAGGAAAAAACACACAGAUAACAGUGUUCAGGAUUUGGAUGAAGCAUCAUCGACAGACUGCAGGCUGCUUGGAAGCUACAACUCUAGACCAACAAUGGGUGCAGCAGCAGCAGGAGAAACAUUGGACAUCACAUACCUGUCACAUGUUGGUGACCCUAAUUACUCCCAUGACUUUCCAGAUUGUAUUGUCUGUCAGACUCAGAGACUGACUUGUGUGUUAUUGCCUUGUCGACAUGCCUGUGUGUGCAGAAGGUGCUUCCUGCAGCUUGACCGUUGUCCAAUGUGCAGAAGCCAUGUUGAGUCCUACUUUCUGAUAGGAGAUGAACAGAGUUCUUCUAAGUCGGGAACCAGGAGGAGGAUUCAUCAGGCUUACUUUCCAAAUUUGAAUCUUUCAAUAACAGAUUAAAUGAAUUUUUUGGAUUUUCAUAGGGCUGGGCUUCUGCAGUGAAGAUCGAAGUGGGGGGGCUUGGGAGCAAAGUGAUCUGUGAAAUCGGUGAACAAUUUCUGAUUGCAAUUUUCAGUUGGAGAUUGAUGUAAAAUCUUAAGUCCUUCAUUAGAUGUGAAAGCAGCUUUGUCAGUUGAUGUUUUGAUUCUUUAAAUUUCAACAUCCUUGCUUGCACCAUCUGGUUGUAUUUCAGAAUGUAGUCCAAGUGUGGACAUUCCAGAAGGAAUUUGCAAGCUAAUGUACAGCACAGUAAAUGUCUGAUAUUUCAAACACCUUCAAAAUUCAGUUUCAUUUAACUGUGUCAUGGGUAAUGUCAGAUCACAGCAGUCUUUCAACACAGAAUGCUAGCAAAAUAAAUGGUGGCAACCAUGGCACGUAGAUAGGAUAUUAGUUUGUGGUGGCAACCAUAUAUGCAAGUUUGUAUGGGUAUGCACUGCACUUAUGCUGGAUACUUCAACCCUGCCACAUCUAACAGACCACGAUGAGCAGCUAUCAGCAGUCCCCUCUCCUCUUUACCCUAAACAUUGAGGUUGCUUUAUGUAGUGAGUUGGUCUCAUAAGUUUGUUCAUUAUCCAAAGCAGUUCAUGUACAAAUGCAGUUUAUGUCACAUGAAAAUCAGAAUUUACUGCCUUUCAGUUAUGAGAAAGUGAGAUAUUUUCAGAUGUUUUUGGCCUUAAAAGCACUGUAAAAGGUCAUAACAUCCAAUCUUUUAGAGAAACAAAAAUGAUACUGCUGGUACUGUUGAUAUAAGGAAAAGGAGGUAAGGUAAAAUAUUUUGAAUGAGCAAAAGUACAUAUACUCAGUAGCAAUAAAUCAUUGAACCCAAAUGCAGCACACUUUUGAAAUGAUUUUUAUUUCACAGAAUGAUCAAAGGACACAUUCAAUAAGCCUAGCGACACCACCUCAGCAUCAAGCCACACCAGUUUGCCACAAACACUAGACAAGGUGUGUCUUACCUAAAAAUAAAAAUCAGUCUAACAGAUGCUACCAAAGUAGAUGUAAAAAUGAUAAAAUGUUUACAAAGCUACUAGAAAAUUUUCCACUUUGAGGAUUUGUGGAGAGUGCAGAAUUUUCAUCUAAUAUCAUGCUUUGUGCUUUGUUGCUGCAAUCUACAAUUUCUUCUCCGCUAAAUUUUCAAAGCAAAGGUUUAUGAAACCCCCUCCCCUUCUUUCAAAACGGUAAUACAACAUGAAAUAUGCAUGUCAAAUCAGGAUGACUGGGCUGAAACUCUCCCCUUCAAAUCCUUUUAACAUGCUUCCAAGUGCGUAUGUCUGUGCACGUGCAUGCACCCACACGAAUGUGAGAGAAGAAAGGCAUUUUGCCCUCUCUGCUUAAAAGUUACACCUUCUGCUGCCAAGUGAGGAGAUACAACAAUGUAGUCUGAAGGAUGGGAAAGGGAGGGAGAUGUGAAGAAAAUAAAGACUGCAGUUUAUGUUUUAAAAAACCCAAAAUAGACCAUCUAUAUUUUUACCAAUAAAACAGAGCAUUUUCUAUCCUUUAUCAUCAAGCUCAUUCCAGUCUCCCCAUACAUACGAUACCGGUAAACAUUUACAUCUAUGUAUGGACGGAGAUAUAGUGUGAACAUGAGCCUUUUGGUUGGUUCACAAAUGGAACAGAACAAUGGACACGUAAAAGCACAAAGUGAGAACAAUAUCUAACAGGAUGAUAAAAAACAACGCUAUCACCCCAGUGUUGUAAAUAACUCUGCUGGCAGAUUUCAUAUUAAGAAAUUCACAUCCUAGCUAUCAAUGUGCAUGAAUCUACCAACAUAAUUUAUUUUGGACGGACGACUUUCUUUGGCGCCUGGCAAUAGUGAAGUUAUACUGUCAGGUAGGAUAUAUGCAAUCAUAAUGAGAGUAAGCAAUGCUACUGAAUGAAAUCGCUGAAAACUUUUUAACAAGCACAUUGAAAAUCAACAAAUCAACACCCCUGGAGUUAAAAGACACUCGGAAAACUGGGGAAGAUGGAGGAAUGGGGUGGAGGAUCAUAGGCAGAGUGUUAAUGGUAUUUUACAUGCGUAAUUCAUUCAUUUGAGUCAUAAGGCAUAUCCAGGUAUCCUCUACAAGCAGCAGUUAUGUAAAAGAAUGGCUGAACAUAUUUUGAACACUCUAAUCCAAAUUCACAGAUAUCCCAUAAAGUCAAACGCGAGUUUCUUCUGUAUAACUGCAUGUCUGAGCAGCCAGACAUAUGUCUAAAUUAGAAACGUGCAUGUGAAGCCAUCGUCCUUUUCUUUUCCCCUGAAAAACGUUAUGCAUUUUUUUUUUUGAAAACAUGACAGCACAUUUUCAUACUAUGACAUACUAUGAGUGAUGUAAUAACUAUAUUCUUGAUAUGUAUGAACUCAGAUUAAAUGGCAACUGCAAAAUAAAAAGUAAAAUCUUUGAAGGUGCUUUUCAAGCUCUUACACUGUCAUAUUUGAAGGCACAGGCAAUGUAGCAGAAGUGUCUUUAUCACCUCUUUCCUUCUUUUUCUAGUAAUCCUCAAUUCAGAAUUUCAAAACAAGGAAUAAAAACGAGCAAACACAAAAGACCCUCCAGACAACAUAAUAAAAAGCUCCCCAAAGCAUCAAAUCAGAUGAUCAACCAGACAAACAGCUAAUUAUGUGCACAUUCCCACAUAAAAGCAACAAUCUACUGUAAUAAAUACAUGCACACACACUGGCUUGCAUGCCUGUUCACAUGCAUGCAACAGUCAUCAAAAAUGUCACGAUGAAUGAGACGUGACCAACUGCUGACUAACAAUGCAUCACAGAUCAAGUGACUUGAGGCUGGAUAUCACAGAUCAAGGCCAAGCAGCCUGGAGAGUAAAGUGUACAGUUCAACGCGGAAAGGGUGCAUGAAUAAUAUGGUGUCUAUCAGAUUUAAAACGCAUUGCUCAGGGGUGGUUGCCUCUUGGGCAGCAGCAUUCUGCAAGUUACAAAUAAAAACAAAGCAUCAACACACAGUCUCUAUCACCUAUCGUGGACAUGGCCUAAGCACACUGCCUGUUGCAGAUAUGAUGCCCUCUAAGAGAAUGCAAUUGAUAAAUUAUCUAAACAGCUUGGCCUACUGCUGUCUUUUCUUUAUUGUAGACUGUAAAUUUACACUGCUCACACAUUCACAAUCAUUUUAACCAAUCAGUCUACAGUAUACCCUAAAAACAGGCCUUAUUUUAAUCAUGUUAAUCAGAUAAAAAAUUAAGGGCUGUAUGCUGUUGGUUCACCAUCUUCAAAUAGGACCAAACUGUACAAUGCCAAAAAGAUAAUUUUUCUAAGUUAAUAACUUUUUUCGUUCAUAAGGGUAAUUAUCGUGACUUUUAUUUCUUCAUACAAUCUUAGAAAUAAGGAAUCUAAAAGAGCAUUGAUGUUGGAAAUCAAAGUAAUCAAAAUAUGGCCACAUGAGGGUGUUUUUUUUUUUGUGGGGGUGUCAGCAUAGACUCUAUUUUCCAACACCAGCAGUAAAAGUGAGAAUUCUUUGCACCAAAAAAAAAGUCACAUAGCUCAAGGUCAAGAAAACUUUUCUAAUGCCUGAUAAAAAUGUUUCAGCCCUUUCAAGAACUUUUGAGAAGAUAACAGAUGCUACCUGCAGAUUAUCAGUCCUACAUUUGUUACAAAUAUGGCAAAGGUAAGGCAGAAUACAGCUCAAUCAACACAAGCUGAUAUCAGCAAUGUUAUAUUGUUACAAAGUACCACACACCCAAUAAUAAGUAUUUUGAUAUGAAGGCAAAUUAAUACUGGAGGUUAAACAAUUAACACUGUAUUUGACCUUUCAAGCACAAAGUUCCCUCUCAUGUACAACUACACAAA